UUCUCUCCAUUUUUACCUCCAUCCACACCUUCUCUCCAUCUUAACCUCCAUCCACACCUUCUCUCCAUCUUUACCUCCACCCACACCUUCUCUCCAUCUUUACCUCCAUCCACACCUUCUCCCCAUCUUUACCUCCAUUCACACCUUCUCUCUAUCUUUACUUCCAUCCACACCUUCUCUCCAUCUUUACCUCCAUCCACACCUUCUUUCCAUCAUUACCUCAAUCCACACCUUCUCUCCAUUUCCUCCAUCCACACCUUCUCUCCAUCUUUACCUCCAUCCACACCUUCUCUCCAUCUUUACCUCCAUCCACACCUUCUCCCCACGUUGUCUUCUGUUCACACGUGACAUCACUUCCUGUGCAGAGCUUCCAGAGGUGUUCCUCCUCCAGAAGACGCCAUCCUCUCCAGUCACCUGCAUGGCGACAGGUUUCUACCCCGACUUAGCCGACCUGUUUUGGAGGAAAGACGGCGAGCAGAUCUUCGAGGACGUGGAGCACGGAGAGCUGCUCCCCAACCACGAUGGAACCUUCCAGAUGUCGGUGGAGCUGAAAGUGGAGGUGACGGCCGAGGUGGAGGGCAAGUACGAAUGUGUGUUCCAGCUGUCUGGCGUCAAGGAGGACCUGGUCACCAAGCUGGAGAGAAGAAGCAUCCUGAGCAACGCAAGCCGGUAG